AUGCAGAAGAUCCUCCGGAUAAACCUACAGGCUCGAAAUCAAGCCCUGAAGGCCGAGCGCAGGAAGAACCUCAAGGACCUCAAGUCGGCGUGGCGUGAGCACGAUCGGAGACAAAUCGAGAUUGAAAGAGUGAAGCGAAAGUAUGUCAAAGAAGAGCGUAAGAACCGUAGGGAGGACUGGCUCGCUGGGCCUCUAGCACCGAAACGCAAUGUUGCCGAGAAAGCAGCGACAUACGGCGCUGCGAGCUUACUGCUGCAUGACGGCCCUACCUUCCCCGAACGAGCUUUGAAAGGUCCCAAGAACGAGGAGGAGGAACUCGAAGGUUUCGGCAACGAAGGAAAUAUUGUGGUUGGAGAUCGCGUAUGCGUUGUUAGUGGCCAUCAAGGCAUCCUAGGCCGGAUCGGCCAGGUGAUUGAAGUGCAUCGGGAAAGGAAAGAAAUCACCAUUGAAGGGGUAAAUAUGGCCGAUUUGGAAACACCCCUUGGCACGAAACAGAGCGAGACGAGACCUGUCAUGUCUGCACCUCUCCCGGUCCCUAUCGACACGGUACGCCUCGUGCACAAACUUGUCGACGAGGCGACAGGCCACAGUCGUGACGUUAUUGUAAAACACAUUCGCUAUGGAGCACCAUAUCUCCAACGACUACCAUACAGCCAACUUCCUCGGCACACUAGGUACAUUGCAGGCGAGGAUAUUGAAAUUCCAUGGCCGGAAGAUGAUGCGCCGGCCUAUCAGGCCUAUGAAGGCGACACCCUGCGGCUUGACGUCGAGGCCCAGACAUUCCAACCAUCCCUGUAUACUGCACCUCUUCGACCAGGCAUUAUGGACGAGCUCAGAACUGAUAAGUAUUCGCCCAAUAGAAAGUGGCAUGAGGACGACUAUGUUCGGAUGAAAAUACUAGAAGAUGCCAGAUCGAGAUGGUACACCGAGAGAAGAAUCACAACGCCAAAGGACGAACUCGCCCAGGAGAAGAAGCGCUUGGCAGCUGAGAGAGCCGCGCAGAUCAAAGAGCAUGGAGUGAGUAAUCAGACGUUGAGCCUCAUCGGUGAAAUCUUGAGACAGAAAGAAGGAAAGAGCGCAUCGAGAAGAUGA